GCAAGCAAUCCCAAACACACACAUGCGUCGCCACACUAACUUACACCCGCCACCAUGCUGACGCAAAAAGAAUAUAACUGCAGCCAAAGAGAUCAGGUUUUAAAAGCGCAUAAAUUACCGCUAUAUCAGCGGCUCGCCUUACGUAAGACCUUCAGUCGCACCAGCUCCGGUUAUAGCGGAGGCAGCGCCGAACUUGCAAAGCGAGGGUGGGACUAAAGGAUAACGGAGCUUGCGGAGUAGAGACGGGGACACCGAAGAGCCAGAGAAAAUAAUAAAAAUAAUAUUUAACUGCUUCCUUUCGGAGUGAUUCAGGAAGAGGGGGCACAACUGGGGCUGGGAUUUUGUGGACAAAAACACAAGAAAGAGUUCACUUUUCAUCUUUCUGUUUUGUCUUGGUCCUCUCUGCCCAGGGACGGUGGGGGUCCACCGAGGAUACACAUAGCGUAGAGGCUGAUCUCACUCCCAAGGACAAAAUGCACGGCUGUCGUGGCCCUACAACGGGUAAAGUUGUUCCACGAUGUAUGGUCCAGGUGUGGCCUUUGGUGUGGACUGUGUGGGGACUGAGCCUGGGGGUUACUGUGACUUGGGGCUCGUCGGUUAGUCCAGUCGUCCUGAGAUCCUUCACUAUGUCAGCUGCUGAGGAGUGGACUAACGUCACGGAGACCGCGAUUGCAAACUACACAGGCCUGGGCUGCGUCUCGCUGCUGCCUCCCCGCCGGGGCUCCUUCUAUGUGGAGACGGGCACGGGGUUGUCUCUGGGAUCCGUGCUGGCGUUCUGGUGCCGAGAAGGCUUCCAGCUGGUAGGCAGUGAGAAGGUCACCUGUGUUCUUCGGGACGGCGUGCCCCAGUGGAGCAACUAUCUCCCAGUCUGUGAAGCCCUCCCCAAGCCCGAGGAUAGGGGCCUGCAGGUGGCCGUCUUGGCGUCUGCGGUCAGCAGCAUCAUCAUCCUCUCCAUGUCUGCCUCCUUCAUCAUCUGUUGCGUGCAGGAGCACCUGGGCAGGAAGAGGGAGCGACGACGAGAUGGCAGGUCCAGAAAACGCAAGGUGAGGAAGCGACCGUCGUCACAGAGGAGUGACUGCUGGUUGGAGCGGGAGGAGGGUGACUGGGAUGCAUUCCCCCCUCCCAAGAUCUUUCACCUGUCCUACCAGCCCCCAUCCGGCAACCCCCUGUACCUAGGGGGGCAAAGUGGCUUUGAGAACCACGGCUAUCAGAGGUGGGAGCACCAUCCUCCUGACACCAUCCGUGAUGAAAGGGAAAUGGGUAGAGUUCAGCGAAAAUGGACGAGUGCCUUUCAGGAGCCAGGAGAGCCUGCUAAAGCCCCCCAUCCCAGGCCUGUACCCCACAGACUGUCAAAUGUACCCCCCCGUGGUGCUGCAGAGGGUGCCCACUCCAGUUGCCCCUGUCUACCUGCACCUUCCCUCACAGAACACAGAAGCCAUCCCUUCAAUGCAGGUCAACCCUGCCUACUGUGACAGUACCCAUGCAGGACCAAGACCAUAGCAGCCAACCUCGAAUCCUAUCUCCACAAUUUCUCUCUCUAUGCUUUCUCUGUAUCUCUCUCUUCAUCUGCCUCUUUUUCCAUCCACAUCAGCCAUUACCACAGGGCAUGUAAAACACACAUUAUGCUGAAAAAUGCACUGAAUUUGAGACGAGAUAGCAAUAUAUAUCCCCCCCCCCCCAAGCCUUCUUAAUAUGCACUUAUUUCAGAGAAUAGCUACCAUAUUUUCUAUUGUUCGUCCAUUUGCUUUUGAGCCACCCUUAUCCCCAAACCUUUAUAUUGCCUUGUGGUGGCAGGAAGUGACAUCACAUCACAGUAGCGUGAGCAGUAGCUGUGAUUAGCUGGUUGCAAUAUUGAGCUACUGCACAGGAUACUUUCUGUUGCUCAGCGCUGGGACAUUGGGUAAGGUCUGGGCAACCACAUCUAUGCAUCACGGUGUCAGGAGGCCUUGAGCACACAAGAAUGGGAUGCCAUCACAGAUAAAGAUGUACAUUUCAAAUAAUCAUAUCGGAAAAAGUAAAUGCGAGGUCCACACUUGCAGGGUCUUUUAGAACGUAAAUAGGAAUUUGCUUUACGAAGGCCGGGGAUUUGAUUGCUCAACUGACUGUUUUUUUAUUGCUGUUUUCAAGCAUCAGCGCUCGUUUGGUGUCAUAUUGCAGCUGCUAAUGAUCUGGAUUUAUACCCUUUGCACUUUAUGAGGUACCAACACAGAUAGGCAGCCAUGCUACCAUUAAAGCAUGAGAUGGACAUUAUGAGAUCAGAAUUGGACCAAUAGAAAUAAUCUCUCCCAUUGUUACCUUUGCACUUGAUACGUAUUUAAAAGUAGAAAUGUACAUAAUUUUAACAUGCAAAUAAAUACUUUUUCCAAGUUACUCUCAGUUUGUUGCUGAUGUUGAUUUGACAGUCAGAUUCACAGCACAGUCAGGUGAGGACUGACAUGCUUUGUUACUAUUGAACGGUCCUGUGUGGGUCUUUACAAUCCCACUGAAGGACGUGCAGUAAAAGUCAUGGACGUACAAGGACUGGGAGGAAACAUCAAGCUGCUCUCUAUGUGCCCUGUGUCUGAUAUUGUGUACUUAGUACCAACAGAGGGCAGUAUACUGCUGUAUGGACCAUUCAGUACUGUGGACACAGGUGGAAUGGAGAGGAGUGACAAUCUGUUCUUGAUUGACAAAUUCAUAUAUAGAUGUAGACAUGUGUUUUUGGGCACCAGUUUUCCGGGUCAUAUUGUAGCCCACAUUGUAUUCAAGAUAUUGUUUUUUUUAUUUUAGCAAUUAUAGCUAAGAUUUUAUAAAGUCCUGAACUGCGUAUCAACAUCUACCCUUUACACAGGGAGUUCACAUUUUUAUUUAAUUUUAUUGUGACUUCGUAUAUAAAGAGCCACCCUAAUCACAGUGAUUAACCAUAAAGAGCUAGGCAGCAUGUUGCAGCUACGUUGUCGCAAAUGUCAAAAUCUUACUUGUGUGCAAAUAUUUAGAUGGAUAUUUAAAUUUUUUUCUGUAUUAGUACUUUUUCCUUCCAAUAAUGUGCUAUAGAAAUAAUAAUAAUAUGUUAUAUAUGCUAUUGAAAGGUAACGUCCUGAUACAGCAGAUCUAAGGAGAUUCACUGAGUGUGGUGUUAAGUUCUCCUGGGGUGCCGGAUAAAUGACUGAUCAUGCCCUCUGACCCCACAUUUCGCGCUCACCGGUAUAUAUGUGUAUAUCUUAAAAAAGAGAGUCAGAUGAGAUGUACAAAUACUAACUCAUUCCAAUGUAUCUGUACCAAUACUAGCAUGAAUGCCAAAUAAAGCAUCAUUUCAUGUCAA